CAGGAGCGUAAGGCGAGAGUGGAGGCUGAGAGGAAGGCACGGGAGCUGGAGUUGGCCAGACAGGAGAAAGAGACUGGUCAGAAACAGCCCACACUCCAGGGAGUCAAGUUUGUGAAGGGAGAGGCAGGGACAGGGCAGCCACAUGUCCUCUUCCCCCAGCUACACUUCAGGACUGAGAACCUGUUCGCUCUUGGGUCUCCCAUCGGACUCUUCCUCAUCGUCAGAGGUGUGGAGAAGCUGGGUCCUGAGUACAGACUGCCUCACUGCCGGCAGAUGUUCAACAUUUUCCAUCCAUUUGACCCAGUGGCCUACCGACUGGAGCCGCUGAUCUGUGACACUCCUCCAGAGAAGCCGGUUCUGAUGCCUCACCACAAGGGUCGCAAGCGGUUCCACCUCGAGUUGUACGAGACAGUGGAACACGUGGGGGCCAGUAUGAAGCACUAUGUGGUGGAGGGGAUGAGGAACAUGUGGCAGCAGCUCAACGAACUGGCUCGCAGCCACCGAUCAGGAGAUCAGCCACUGCAGAUCACUGGGGAGGAGCCUGACACCCCCACCAUUGUAGAGGCGGAGCAGGGGGUGGUGGGGGAGAAGGAGGUGGGGAGACUGAAUCUUGGUCGCAGAGUGGACUAUGUCCUGCAGGAGAAACCCAUCGAGAAACUGAAUCAGUACCUCUUUGCUCUCAGCAGCCACCUCAGCUACUGGAGGUCAGAGGACACUGCCCUGUUCAUCUUGAAGGAGGUGUAUGAAGAAAUGAACCCUGAACUCAUCAAGUCAUGAACUGUGUUUGCUGUGCACUGGUGAACUGUUCUGCGCAUGCGUACAACCACAUUGAUUAGCGAGAAAUAAUGGCGGAGGGAUCGGGAGGAUGGAUUCUGGGGGAGAAGAUGGCGGAGGACGAGCUGUCUGUCCCGCAGCCAGUGGCCAUGCACUCGUCUGCGGCAGAGACGGAACAUGUCAGAGCGACCCUCAGAGUUGUUGGUAGCACAUUCCCUCUCCUAUCCCGGCUGUCUGUCGGCCAUCAUCACCCUCGCGUUACCGCUGGAGGCGCGGGUUCAGCAGUUCAGGGAGGAGUUCUCUCACUCCAUGGCUGAGGUUAGGUCUCGGCUGGCGCAUCUGGUGGGCCGGGCUGAGACGGUCGGAGAGGAAACGGCCGCUCUGACUCAGCGGACAGACGCUGUGGAGAAAGAGGUGGCUGAGGUUCAGCGACAGACGUCGGACCUGUCGGAGAAGCUGGAGUCCAGUCUGACAGAGUGUGGGAAGAGACAUGAGGAGGUGGAGCAGCAGGCAGUGAACCUGGAGGUGAGGACGACUCUACUGGAGAACCAAGAUCACACAGCAGUGACCAAAGACAUGAAGAAACUGGCUGAGCAGAUGGAGGAGAUGAGAGAGAGGCUGGUGCUGGCUGAGAGUGAUGCUGCGAAGGCUAAGAUCACCAGGGAUGACCUGCAGCAGCAGUCUCAGAACAUAGAGAACAGAGCCCAACUGACUGAGACUGACCAGAUAGCUCUACUGGACAGACUCACUUCGUUAGAGAAUAGAUUUGAAGCUAGUUUUCCUGGCAGUGCUAGCAAACCCCUGAGGAGUAUUUCUUCACCAUGACUUCAUGUUUUUUUUACCCAAAAUUAUC